AUGGUGAACUCGAUAGCUUUAAGAAUCGCCAGGGCUUCUGCUAAAAAUAGGAAUAAGAAUAUUUAUUACUCAAUAGAAAACGGAAAGAUACAAACAAUAAAUGAAGAUUACAGAGAUUCCACGGGAGUUGAUAACGAUUUUGAGAUCAAAUUGUUGAAACAUUCCAUUGCCAAAGAACAUGAACUAAAUAAUAAUGUGCCCAAUAAUAAAUAUAAUGCAGUUAAAACAAUAUGUUCAAAAGAAAAUGAUUCAAGUAUUGCUUCACAAUCCCAACACAAUGAAUUGCUUGAAGAUCGUACACAAAAAAGUAUAGCAAUAGAAAAGCAUGAGAUUGAAAAAAGACAAAAAGCAAUAAAAUUACAAGAACUUGAACUUGCCAUGCAAAAUUUAGAUUUAGAAUAUAUGAAACAAGUGAAUGAUAUAGCAAAACAAAUAGAAGACUUAAAAAAAAAUUAAUAAUUAACUAUAAAUGAUUUAAUGGUAUCUACUUUUAAUAUUGUAUUAACUAUUUA